AUGGCGAACCAAGAAUCAUCCACACUGGUCGGGUGUCUUCUCGAUGUGUCGGGGUCGAUGCGGGAGGUGUUUGACACAGGCCGUUCAGAUGGGAGAGCGAUUGAUCGCUUCCAUGUCGUGCUCGGUGCGGCGCUGAACAUUGCGCGAAGGGAGCAACAGCAUGACGCCAAGGCCGAAAUGUUUGUGGGAGCGUUUGGACUUAAUCGCCAGGCUGGAUAUCCUCCAACUGUAGACCUCUGCGGCAUUGCUGAAGCUCUCUCUAGAGACGACGAUCGAGAUCAUCGCAGCGGCCAUGAGCUGCUCAUCGAGAUCGCAAAUGAGCGCAACCUAGCUCAUAUAACGGAGUACAUCCGGAGCAAGCUUACAGAUAUUGAAGCGCGCAUUGUCCACAGGUGCCUUCGUCAACGUCCGGAGCGGAUUUCUGAAUUCAUUGACGCAUUACCAAGUGCAGAUGAAGCCCGGAACUUGCGGGGGACGAAGAAUAGAGCAACACUUGGUGGAGGCGCCCUGAUGGGCACUGCGUUGGCCCUUGCUACUCCUUUGCUGCUUACUCCUUUGAUAGGGCCACUUGGUCUUUUUGCGGGACUUGCGGUAACUGGGGGCGGAGUUUUGGGAGCAGCUGCUGGAGGAGCUGCGGCAAAGAUUGUCGUCGAUGAAUGCGAGGAUCAGGCGGUAGACUCCUCAGAGGGUCUUCGGCUAGCUCGUCGCAUUUGCAGAGAGUGGUUUCAAGACUUCGUCGACUUCAGACCUCGCCCAGUGAGUGACGUGGUACAACUGCUACAAGACCUUCAGCGGCGUUCUACAGGAGCAAGUAGGUGUUUAUUUGAAACGGUAAAGGAAUUUAUGUACGGCGACACACCAAUGUGUGACGCCUUGAGCCGUUCUUUGUCCGCUUUCUGCGCACAUCGCAACUUUAGCCAGCGAAUUCUCGUGCUAAUGUCAGACGGCCACGGGACUGAUGGUGAUCCUAGCCAAAUCGCUUCUAAUCUGCAUUCUGAGGGCGUCGUUGUGGCGGGUGUGUACCUUGCGAGCGACCAGGAUAUUCCUCAACGACGCCUAUACGAUAAUCCAGGCGACCUUCAGGGAAAGGGUCAGUGUACACUUUUCAACAUAGCGUCCAAAGUGUCUGCCAGCAAGCACCCCAUCCCAGUGCUAAUGUCGGUGGGCUGGCAGGCUCCGUGCUCUGGAGAGGUUGCCUUGUAUGUCUCCGUUUGUACUGAGACCGCAGUUGAGGAAUUUUGCUCGCUGCUGGUAUCGGCGCAUCUCGGGUCUACGGACGCGCUGCUAGACAUCAUUGGCCGACUACGGCUUGACGAGUAUAUCAAUGAUAGCCAUGUUAUUACUUGCAAUAACCCAUCAGACCAGGGCAGCUCUGCAACCUGCUAUGCACAUGCGACCGCUGCGGUAAUACACAUGGCGCUGUUGCGCAUAGAGCGCAAGGACCCCUGUCCGACUAUUGAAAUAAUUCGAGAAAAAAUCCUCCGUGUAUUCCCCCCUGAUGAUCACGGACGUGCUAUCGAAGAGGUACUAAGCCAAGCAGCCCGGUGGUAUCGCCUUCGGUACGAGGUAGUGGACGAGAUGGGGGCUCGACAGGCAGUACUGCAUCGGCGCCCAGUGCUCACCUCAUUUCGCCUCACAAAGGGAGGUUGGGCGAAAUUCUCCCAACAUUUUAGUCAACCACAGACCCAUAGAUCAAUUCUUACCAAGGCCGACAUGCGACCGCACCGCAAUGGUCGCGAUGAUGGUGGACACGCUGUCGUCUUAUACGCCUGUGAACCACACUCCUUAUCAUUCCUAAAUUCAUGGGGCAGCGACUGGGGCAUAAAUGGGGGUUUUCGAGUACAGAGUCCCGCAGUACUCGAGAUGGACGAGCGGGACAGGUUGGCAUCUGUGCGCUUUUAUGAUGUUUUUUGGCACGAAAGCGACCUAACUCCAAGCGAGCGCGCAGCCUACGACGCAAAAGUGGAAGAGAAACUCCGCACUUACACGACUGAAUAUCCGAGUCUUCUCGAACUUGAGGCGACGUGCCCACUUUGUCAAGGGAUCUCGUUGAUUUCGGACUUCAUUGGCAAUGCACGCGACGCGUUAUGUCCACGUUGUUUAUAUUCGUUUGUCCCCCAGCCUGGGUACCUUGUCCAAGCGCUCUAUACCCGUGCUGGAUUAGGGUCGUAG